UAUCAUUUCGCCCAAAAAAAAAAGGGUUGAUUGAUUCCCUCUGCCCUUCUCCCCUGCUCGUUCUCUGUCAUCGGCUACCCUCACCUCAGUGACCAACCCACUUCAACCAGGUUCUCCAAGACAAGCUUUAGAUGACUCUGGUGAUUCAUGGCCAGCAUUCCGUACAAUUUACUUCCGUUCCACACCCCUGGGAUUUGGGGGCUUCAGUUGCUAAAGUAGAAGAUCCUCAAAUGGGAGACCAACGUCACCAACCCACAUCAAAUCCCACGAUUGAAUUGCAAGGGGAUGAGUUUUGGCCACUCUCGAAGAAACCCUUUUUUGAAGUCAUCAUCAGAAAAGCAAAUGUCAAGCCCUCUUAUCAAAUGGUGAUCCCGGCCAAAUUUCAACCAACACUACCUUCCUGUUCAAUUCCUACGGUUCUCACGUUUGGGGGCAAAAACUGGGAGAUGACAUACACUGGUGGAUCCAUUCAGAGAAAGUUCGAUAUUAACUGGAGAGAAUUUGUCAACGACAACAAUUUGAAGGUUGGAGAUGCAUGUGUAUUUGAACUUCUGGAGUGCAGCAGCACAAAACUGGCAUUCAGAGUCCAAAUUCUCAGAGGUGACAUCCCAUCUGAACUUCUAGGCAAUCUCAAGGGUGAUACUGUAGAUGCACCAAUUAUUAUUGAUUAGUAUAUUCGAUAUUCCCUGCCUCUUUCAUCAAUGCUCUCAGUUUCCCGAGUACAUUAUUGUCAGGAGCGAAUAUAAUUUGAAUUUGUGGAACUCCAGCAGAUCCUGUUAAGGAUGCUAGAUCUGUAUACUAUUGAGUCCCUUAUGUUGUUCCAGUCUAGGCCUUAUGGUGUAAUCUGACAUGAUAUUUUAUAUAUAAGAAUCUAUUUUAUGCACAUUUGGA